UUGCGCGCACACGAGCGAGCCGCCGUGACGUGCGCCGCCGUGCUACGCCAGACAUCACGGGUCUGUGUAUAGUGGCGGCCCGGCUGUCCUCAGCUGCAUCGCCUGGCGAGGGUGGCGCGGCGUUCCCCGGUCGCGCGACCGGCGACAAAGACGACCCACAGUGGACGAUCCAGCGGCAGAGUCGCCGCUUCCGCUUCGCUGCUUCUCCGGUCACCGGCGACGCGGGCCCGGGGCUUCCUCUUCAUCGGCCCAGCUUAUUCCGCGGGCCCCGGGGCUGCAGCUACCCAGAAGCGGCGAAGAGGCCCUGGGCUGCGCGCCCGCUGUCCCAUGUGAAGCAGGUUGGGCCUGGUCCCCGGCCUGUGCCCGGUUUCUGCUGCGGCCCUUCAGGCCUCGGGGACCCCCGCGAGGCGCUGCUCCUGGGGGGCGCGGUGACAGGCUGUGCGGGGGCGGAGGGGCCGGCUCGGUGGCCUCCUCUCGGCCCUCGGCUCCGCGAUCCCCGCCCAGCGGCCGGGCAAUAAAGAAUGUUGAUGGGAGAACCAUUUUCCUAAUUUUCAAAUUAUUGAGCUGGUCGCCAUAAUGGAUGAUCAGCAAGCUUUGAAUUCAAUCAUGCAAGAUUUGGCUGUCCUUCAUAAGGCCAGUCGGCCAGCAUUAUCUUUACAAGAAACCAGGAAAGCAAAACCUUCAUCACCAAAAAACCAGAAUGAUGUUCGAGUCAAAUUUGAACAUAGAGGAGAAAAAAGGAUCCUGCAGGUCACUAGACCAGUUAAACUAGAAGACCUGAGGUCUAAGUCUAAGAUCGCCUUUGGGCAGUCUCUGGAUCUACACUAUACCAACAAUGAGUUGGUAAUUCCGUUAACUACCCAAGAUGACCUGGACAAAGCUGUGGCACUGCUGGAUCGCAGCGCUCACAUGAAGAGUCUCAAGAUACUACUUGUAGGAAAUGGGAGGACACAGGCUACUAAUUUAGAACCAUCACCGUCACCAGAAGAUUUGAAUAAUACACCACUUGGUGCAGAGAGGAAAAAACGGCUAUCUGUAGUAGGUCCCCCUAAUAGGGAUAGAAGUUCCCCUCCUCCAGGAUACAUUCCAGACGAACUACACCAGAUUGCCCGGAAUGGGUCAUUCACUAGCAUCAACAGUGAAGGAGAGUUCAUUCCAGAGAGCAUGGACCAAAUGCUGGAUCCAUUGUCUUUAAGCAGCCCUGAAAACUCCGGCUCAGGAAGCUGCCCGUCACUUGAUAGUCCUUUGGAUGGAGAAAGCUACCCAAAAUCACGGAUGCCUAGGGCACAGAGCUACCCAGAUAAUCAUCAGGAGUUUUCAGACUAUGAUAACCCCAUUUUUGAGAAAUUUGGAAAAGGAGGAACAUAUCCAAGAAGGUACCACGUUUCCUACCAUCACCAGGAGUAUAAUGACGGUCGGAAGACUUUUCCAAGAGCUAGAAGGACUCAGGGCACCAGUUUCCGGUCUCCUGUGAGCUUCAGUCCUACUGAUCACUCCUUAAGCACUAGUAGUGGAAGCAGUGUCUUUACCCCAGAGUAUGACGACAGUCGAAUAAGAAGACGGGGGAGUGACAUAGACAAUCCUACUUUGACUGUCACAGACAUCAGCCCACCCAGCCGUUCACCUCGAGCUCCGACCAACUGGAGACUGGGCAAGCUGCUUGGCCAAGGAGCUUUUGGUAGGGUCUACCUCUGCUAUGAUGUUGAUACCGGACGAGAGCUGGCUGUUAAGCAAGUUCAGUUUAACCCUGACAGCCCAGAGACCAGCAAGGAAGUAAAUGCACUUGAGUGUGAAAUUCAGUUGUUGAAAAACUUGUUGCAUGAGCGAAUUGUUCAGUAUUAUGGCUGUUUGAGGGAUCCUCAGGAGAAAACACUUUCCAUCUUUAUGGAGUAUAUGCCAGGGGGUUCAAUUAAGGACCAACUAAAAGCCUACGGAGCUCUUACUGAGAAUGUGACGAGGAAGUACACCCGUCAGAUUCUGGAGGGGGUCCAUUAUUUGCAUAGUAAUAUGAUUGUCCAUAGAGAUAUCAAAGGAGCAAAUAUCUUAAGGGAUUCCACAGGCAAUAUCAAGUUAGGAGACUUUGGGGCUAGCAAACGGCUUCAGACCAUCUGUCUCUCAGGCACAGGAAUGAAGUCUGUCACAGGCACGCCAUACUGGAUGAGUCCUGAGGUCAUCAGUGGAGAAGGUUAUGGAAGAAAAGCAGACAUCUGGAGUGUAGCAUGUACUGUGGUAGAAAUGCUAACUGAAAAGCCACCUUGGGCUGAAUUUGAAGCAAUGGCUGCCAUCUUUAAGAUCGCCACUCAGCCAACAAACCCAAAGCUGCCACCUCAUGUCUCAGACUAUACUCGGGACUUCCUCAAACGGAUUUUUGUAGAGGCCAAACUGAGACCUUCAGCGGAGGAGCUCUUGCGGCACAUGUUUGUGCAUUAUCACUAGCAGCGGCGGCUUCGGUCCUCCACCAGCUCCAUCCUCGCGGUCACCUUCUCUCUUACUGCACUUUCCUUUUUUAUAAAAAAGAGAGAUGGGGAGAAAAAGACAAGAGGGAAAAUAUUUCUCUUGAUUCUUGGUUAAAUUUGUUUAAUAAUAAUAGUAAACUAAAUUUUUUAUAUUUAAUCUUUUUUCUUUACAAGAACUUGAAACUUCUUUUCUUUUUUUUAAAAGAUUUUUAUAAUGUACUGAUGUGGUUCAGAGCUAUAAAGCACUUUAGUACAUAGUUGCUCCUUUUAGUACAAACAAAUCAUUUGGAAUAUAUAAAGAUUGUAGUCUUGCCCUGUAUCACUGACAUGGAAGACAAAGAGAAGAAAGUGAUGUACAAUUUGUAGUUUUUAGUGAUAGUAUUUAAGUAGAUCCUUAUCUGUGGGGUUGAGCCCUAAACUUGAGUUUAGGGUAGGUACUGAUCGUAAAGAAUAUAGGCUUCUUCUUAGAUCUGUAUUCUUUAGAUCCUAACCUCUACCUAUCAAGCUUUUUUGCUCAGUAGGAAUCUUGAAUAGAAGAUAUGAAUCUCUAAGAGGUAUGUUUGUUAAUCCUAAUCAGUAUACUAGGUAAAUACACUAUAUUAGAGCUAUGUUACUGGGCUCUAUAAACCUUGAGAAGACAGCUUUCUGCUUUAAAACAUUGUUGUAUUUGGAAGCAGACAUGUGAAGCCAAUGAAUGAAUUCAGCUAAAACACAGACGACUGCUCAUUAAAUGUAUGAGCAGUAGAAGAGACAACAUUUGCCAGUCAGUAGAAAAAUAUGGAAAAACAGAACUAGUGUUAUUUAGUAUAUUUUAAACAUUAUUUACUUGAGGUGAAAGUCCCAAAAUGGAGGGAACUGAGAAAUAAUAAAAAUUGUGUUUAUAUAUUAGCUUCCUAUUUCUAACCCCUGAUUUCCCAUUAGAUAACAGUCUUUAGCUCAAAUACCCACCUGUCAUGAAGUGAAAACCUUGUUCUUGGGGUCUUGGAGUACUAAGCUAGAGGCUCCUCAGAAGAGUAAACAUCAGGGAAAACAAUGAGGUUUGUGGUGGGGAGUCAUUUUCCUUCACUUGGCAUUUGGCAAUGCCUGGAGACACUUUGUUGCGGUAACUGGCAAGGUACUCCUAGCGUCUGGUGGGCAGGGGUUGCAGGUGCUGCUAAGUAGACUGUAGUGCACAAGGGCUCCCCACCCAGGAGUUCUCCUGCCACAUGACAGAAGUGCCUAGGAUGGAAAGCAAGCAGCCAUUCACAGCAGUCAGAACAGCGGUCAGAGGAACGGUGCAGGGCAGACGAGGGCUUCAUAAGAGCAGAUGAUGAGUCAGGUGAGCGGUCUCAGCUCACCACACAUGAUGGUCUUCUGACAGCGGUUGGUUGCACUUGAAUCAUUAACUCACUUUAGAAAUAAUGAAUUUAAGUAUUCAACUGUUUGGAUUUAGCAUCUCUGAAUAUUCUUCCCUUAAAAGUAGCUCCUCCUCCUAGGUCAGGAAAAGUACACCAAAGCAUAGUGUUUACUAGCAGUGGGGAGGGUAAAACACUGCCAGGUAUUUCCAUUGUAAGCAUCUCUUUGGAGCCGUGUCAUUAAGUGGAAAGACUGUGCUGGGCAGGAUCCUGCUGGCUCUAGUACAGUUAUGAAACUUAAAACAUGAAGGUGUCAGUAAUUUGGCCACUUGCAAAUUUUUCAACAUUAAACCAAGUGCUAAGUAUUUUAUUUUUCAAAAGCCUAGAAGAUAACAAGUUUUCCAGGAGACCCUGAAUGUGAUGCUUCAUCAGAAGGGACUAAAUAAGAUAUUCAGAUUUUGUUGUUGUUAUUACAGGGUAUGUUUAUUUAGAUAAUUUUUAAGUACUUUGCUUUUGAAUUUAUGUAGAUAUGGCUUUAAUGUAUCAAGAUCCUACCUGGCAGACCCUGUACUAAUUUUUGAAAUUCCAGUUGUCUGAGAGUCAAAGCACAAACAAUUAGUUAACUCUUCCCUGUACACUGUAAAUCAAACGAAGCCCCUUGCAAUGACCACAAAUCAGGGGGCCUCCACCCUUAGCAAAUCACUUGCCUAAUCUUAGUCUGGAGACCUAGUGCAUAGGCCUAUUGUAAUUCCUUUAUCUUUUGUGAGUGAGGGCAUCUCUUCUACUUGAGCAAGAUCAUGGUACCUGGAUUGCUGGGUUCUUUUGUUCCUUUAUUGUGAUGUUUCUUUGUCUCCUAGUGUGGUGGUGAUUUCCCUUUGGCUCACUUUUGGUCCAUCAGGGUAAUGUGCAGUACAGAAGAGAUACAAACACUCUUCAGAAAGAUACCUGCACACUGGAACGCAAAGCAAAUUGUUAGCUUUCUAACAGUCUCCUUUUUCUUUUCUAAACUCACUAGCAAAUAACUGCAUCAGAAUACUUUUGCUUUAUAAAAAAAAUAUAAAGACUUAGAAAUAGACUAAUAGUUUACAGAGCUAUUAUAUUAAAUAUGAUGUGAAUUUAUUUCACACCAGUUGUGAAGGUACCAAAAAAAAGCAAUGAAAGUUAAUAUAUAUAAACCCUGCUAGAGCAAAAAAGCUUGAAGUAGGUAGGGGUAUGGAAGGCCAAUAGUAAAUGUAAAAAAGUAAGUUUUUGAAAGGAAACAAUGGUGUCAAAGGAAGUAAAAUACUACACUCCAUGUUUUUUUCUGCCUAAUGGUAUGGAUUAACAGAUGAAGUUUAAAUUGUAAAAAAUUGUUCUAAAUUUUUUUUUUUAAUAUACAACUGAUUCUUUGGUACUGCAAUGUUUCUUUGUGGCUAGAAAACGGCCAGACUGCUGACUUUGUGCCUUUAAAUGCGUUCUGCGUUGCCAGUAGCAGACUUCCUUCCGGUGCUGGAGCAGAUCCACUAGCAGUGUGAGACGUGCUCUCAGGCCGCACCUUCUGCAUAGGUCCUGAGAGCGUCCGCGGCAGGGUGGGGCUGAGUCAAGGGGAAGACCUCUCAUAGGGCAAACAAAAGUAGUUGAAUAAAAGAGUCAAGACGUAACUGAUAACAUUUUAAUGGAUUGGUAUUUAAACCUUUUGAGGUUUCAGAAUGAAUACCUUGAAAUUUUUCAGCACUUUUCAUUGUUUACAAAAAUAUAUUUUUAACUUUAAAAACAUCUAUGACUAUUGCCUUAGAAAGUAUUAAGAGGCACAAUCUACAGCAUAUGAGAAGUUGAGUAUUGCACAUGCUGGACUGUAAAAGGUAAAGCUUUUAUUUCAGAAUAAAUGUAAUUGGCUUUCAUUUGAGUCUUACCUUACUCCAUUAGAAGUUACAUAAAAAGAAUAAAAAUAUAUCUUUAGAGUAGCUCUCUGCUACUAAGUUCUGACGUUGGUCAGGCCGGAUCUGCACUAUUCUGAAAUAGUGUUAUUAGAAGAUUGGGAAAUCACUAAAAUAAAAUCUAACCUGAAUAGACUGGCAAAUGACCCAAUAUGCUGCAGACUCCUUGAUUAAUGGCAGAGUUCACACCAGUGGUUUCAUUUGGGGUCUGAAAACCUUUAUAUAAAUUCAGCUGGAAACAACCAGGUAUACAAAUCUGUCAGUCUUAUUUUAGUUUGUUUUUGGAGUCAGGGUUCUCACAAUGUGUUUCAGGCUGGCCUGGAACUUAAAUGCCCCUGCCUCUGCCUCCUGGGUGCUGGGAAAACAGGCAUGUGCCACCACACCCAGCUUUGCCCAUUUUUUUUUUUUAAAAAAAUAGGGUCAAUCUUUUUCAUUUUCUUACUCAACAGUUGUGAUGUACUGUGUUACAUUAAAUUAAUAUUCUUCAGGAAAUUACAGUUGAGGAGCAUGGGCGGACAGUUACUUUAUGGCAUACCCUAACUCUGAAAGUUUAGCAGUGAUGUUUAAAAUGCUAGGAUUUUUAUAUGAAAAAAUAAGGAAGAAAUUUUAGAUAAUUGUUGGCCAUAGUUAUGGACUCCAAAGAUAUUAACAAGAGGAUUAGAGUAAAAGUAUCUCUAUCUCCCACGUCAGAACCUGCUCUUCCUAUACAACACAGUCCCAGCUUGUUCUGGGACAAUGGAACAUUUAUUCCUUAGCACACUGUAUUGGGAUUCUCCCUCACCCCAGCUGUUGUUAUUUUUGUUUUAAGGAAAAAAAAAUACCCAAAACCUUAUUUUGGUUUUUAGGUGUUGAAAUACCAAGAACUCUUUGAUAGAGGUUGAACUCGUCUAGUGUCACUUAUGCUAAGGUCAGAUUCUUUUGAUAGCCUAUUAAAUUUAGCAUUUACUUUUAGAUGUGAUAUUCAUAUUUAUUUGAUUUUAACACUGGUUAAAGUUCAAUGAAAAACAAUUUUUUAAUUUUUAGUAGUGCCUUUUUCUCUGUAUGCCUUAAUUUUAUUUUAUAUUUGAAAUUCAGAUUACUUAACAAAAUGAAGAGUUUUCCAAAAUGCUAGGCCUCAAGAGCGUCUCUGGCGUUGGACUGUGUGUUGGCCCCUAUGUCUUUCUUAAUGCUUAUUUCUUCCUCUUACCCUUUCUACCUCCUUUAAAAAAAAAUGUUAGGAGAGAACAGUAGCAUUGAACUGACUGCAAUCUCCACUAGAUGUGAAUUCCUAAAAUAAAUAUAGAAAGAUAUUCUCAUUCGAAAAGACACAGCAAAUUGAUUUUUUUGGGUUGAGUACUUGAUUUUCAGUCAUACUGGCACUGUCCAAGUUCUUUGUGUAUUAUUGUUUGGUUAUGGUUUUCAUAGAACUAGAGCAGUUGUUUUGUCCUUAAGAGCUCCUUUAAGUAUUUUAUGAAGGUUGAGGCAAUGAGCAAGAAAUCCAGGGACAAUGAGUUCUAAUCCUUAGUAUGUAACAUUUGACCAAUACUCUAGCUUACUGUUCUGUGAAGUAUGUGUGCGUGCAUGUGUGUGUGUGUGUGUGUGCAUGCGUGCGUGUGUACGUGUGUGUGUGUGUGUGUGUGGCAAUGGGGCAGGGGUAGGAACGUGUAGUUGUUCAGUUAGAUCUGUUUUUGUUCUUGGAAGAACAACUGAAAAAUGUCUGUGUACUACUAUAGGAUGAGAAGGAUCAUUCCCAAGUAGGCAUGCCAGGACAUUUUCCAUAAGUAGCUAGUACAAAUGGUCGUUUAAUAAAGAUAUUUAUUGUAAGUUGCCAAGCUCUUAAUUGCUAAAAAUAGAUUAAAAUUCAAUUUUUGUUUGUAUCUGUAAUAAUUAGCUUAUAUAUAAUUCUUCAAUAGAAAGUAUGUGAUCUUAGUUAUUUCUUCAUGAACUUUUUGGAGUGGAAAUUCUGCCAGAUAUUAUCUAGACAAGCUUCCUUAGUUUACCAGGUCAUCAAAAGGAAAAGUUCUUAUACCUCUUGUUGGUUGCUGGGGAAGGUGUGCUGUGAGCCACUCUUCACUUCCGUCAUCGUUAGUGCUGCUUCCACUCCUCCCACUGUCUGACCAACGCCGUGAGUGCUGUGGGGUCCAGGGCUGUCCUCUCUGUGCUCGCUCUCAGAGCUGGAGAUGAGUAGCUCUUGGGAACCAAGACAUUUCUCAGAGGUACUAAAAGUGGUCAAGGUUGAGCUUCCAGAAGACAAGGGAGGAGUCAUAGCUAUAGUGAAAAAGCAUACGCUGUAUCCAUUGCUGUAUACAGUCUCAUAUAAUUCUUCCUGGUCUUUGUGUUUGUGUAUUUUAAUAGACAGUGAUAAGGUAUUACGUUCCCAACAGCAAAGACAUUAAACAAGAGAAUGCUCCUGCCCUUCUGCCUGGUGGUGUUUGUUUGUACCUCAGUCUGUAUUACCAGGAUCACUUUAAACCAAAGCUUUUUUAUUCCCUGCACACAUAGCCAAAAUGAUUUGCCCUGAUAAAUUUGCCCAUGUGUGAGCUAAUAGUAUCUAAAUGGUAGAGCAGAUGCUAGUAGAACUUGUUUGCCAAUCUAUCUUAUCCUUCAAGGAAAAGGACAGGUGCUCAGUGCUCGAAUUUAGACAUGCAGAAUACUUACUAUUAUGGAGCUGUAUAGACACUGCAGACAUACGUACUUAUGUGUGCCAAUCUUAUUAACGUCAUUUGGCCACUGAUGUGUGCAGAUUUGUGUUGACAUCUGAUGCUCAGUUUGGUGGCUUAUUUUUUUUCUAGUGUCUUAACAUUUAUGAGUUUCUGUUUGACUUAAGGGACAUUUCAACAAUGCUAUGAAGAAAAGUAGGUUAUAAACUAGUCUGCUUUGUGCCAUAGACAUUUUGGAAUGUCCAGAAGGAAGCGUUUGCUCUCUAUUCUUUAAAGCUUACAGAAUCUGACCCCCACUAAGGAUUUAUGAAUCUUAUAAUGCCAGUUGAGAAACGUUUAUGACUAUUCUGAAAAGCACUUUGUAUUCAUUUAUUUGUAUGUUUUAGAACUUUUUAAAAAUCCUGUAUAAUCAAUGAUUUUAGCAUUAGCAUUACUUAGAACAGAAGAUAAAUAAUUAUAUGUUAAACUCUAGUAGUUGCAUUGACUCCAGAAUAUAUUUGACAUGUUCUCAGUUAUCCAAAGACUUUUUUCCUCCUUGCAGUAAGGAGAGUAGACUAGUGUGGGACUCUACAAGCCUAAAAGGAUUAUGGGCAAAAGGAAUUGGGCCAAACCCUUGUCAAUCAAAACCAUAUUGUCUAGGGAUGAGAAUACUUCUUUAUAGACAGUUUUUUUUAUAAUUAGUAAAAGGUUUACAUUUCUUCCAUUGCUGUUGGUUUUAAAAUUUAGCCUGCAUUUUGAAAUAUCCUAACAAAGUUAAUACCAAAAAACACCUUUAAUGUCUGACAUCUCUUAUAUUUCAUGUGGUUGUUUUUACUCAUUGUAAAUAAACUUGGAUAAAUUUGAAAAUAAACUUUUAUCUUGCAGACUAUGAUUAUCAAUUUGUAAAUUUACCCUUUGACUUAUGUACAUUUAAAAUGUAUCCAUUAAAUUCUCUAUAUUUAAUGUAUUAUUUUUGGCAAAUGUUUUUAAUCUCAGUUGAAUACUGGGCAGUUUCUAAUUAUGUACAAAUAUUUUUCGUUUUCUAUCAAUGCUGACUUUUGCACAUUUUCAAACAUUUAAUUGUACCCUGAUUUAUAUGACCAAUACUCGUUGAGUGUCUGAGAGUCAUGUGUGUGCAUUGAACUACUGUCUCUGUGUUUGCACUUCUCCCUAGAUGUAGCCCUCCCUCAGUUUCUGUGCUGCUGUGACCUUCGUAGGAUGACCUUCUUGCUUUUGCAAAGUCACCUGUGUGUGGUUCUGUGUUUGUUGGAGAACUCAGGAGUUCAGUGUUGCAGUCUAAUUUUGUCCUGUAUUCUGAAUCCAUUCCUAGGUUGAAAGUAUUCUGUGUGUAUCAAGAGAUAUGUGUUCAUGUGGAGUUGUCCUUUUCUUUGUGUAGACACGUGUAUAUAUCUUAGUAAAUUCUUAUUUUCAUUUAAUUUCUACAAUUUUAAGAACUUUAUGAUAAUUAAAUAUGUGUAAAGGCUUUCUGAAAGAUUAUUUACUAUAUAUAUAUACACUAUAUUUUCAGCUGGCUGGUCAAAUUAUUUUUUAAAUUUUGGUUUUAACCAUUUGAGCAGAAUUGGAUACAAAUUUUGCUUAGAGCUCAGUUAAAAUACUCUUGCAGCUAACAGCUUUUGGGGUGGGGUGGGGGGAGAUUGUUAAGCAGUAGCAACACAUUGUCCACUAACGGACUCUGGCCUCUCAGAGCUGUUAAAACAUGUGAGCAACUAAAUCGUCCUGAAGACAUGUGGAGACUUUUAUAUUUCCAGUUGUCUGACUGUGUUUUUGAAUAUUCCCUUUAUUUCCAAAGUUUUCAUUUUUCUCUUACUGAGCAAAGUUAGACCGAGUUGUUGAAACAAUGCCUGGCAUAUUGUGAUUCUUCACAGUUGCUGACCGUUGUGUUAGGACUCUCCAAAUGCACAGUGUCUUUAUUCUGUACUGUGUGUUCUAAGCAGCUGGCAGGAAGUGUUGGAAACUAGGUUUCUGUCUGACAAUGUUACUGUAUUCAAUGGAAACCUUCUAAAAGGAUGUGGUGGCGUAAAGUUAUUUGUGUUAGGAAUAAAGUCUACAGUUGACGGUGACUAUCACUAAGUUUAUUAUGUUGAGAGGAACCCAUGUGAUUAGAACCUACCCAGAAGCCAGACACAGUGGAAUAUGUACCACAUCUCACACACAUUUGGGUCUGUUGUUCAUUCAAAAUUGUGCUUGUAAAAAUGUGUAAAAUUUCUUGAGUUUUAUAAUUUCUAUGUAUUUUUUCUUGCUGGUAAAUAGCUUUUAAAUUUUUUAAUAUAAAAGAAACCAUGUUUAUAUUUUGUUAGCAAUGAUGACUUUGUUAUAUGGCAAUUUGUGAAUUAUUGACACAUCUUUAUUUAGAUUUGUCAUGCAUGAAGGCCUGCGAUAUUCAGUACAGUGAGACAUACUUCAUUCCUAUUCAUCUUCCGACAGACUGUGGUGCAGAGGUUUACUCCCAGUAAUCUUCUGAACUGUGGAAUGGACAUAAAUGAAUGGUAAUUCGAGUGUUAAUAAAGCUGGUAUUUAUUCCCACUG